CCUGCACUGGCACCUGCUCGGCGGCUCCGCAUCUCGCUGUUCCGCUGCACGCCGUUCCCCCGCAUAGCUGCAGCGCAGCUUCCGGCGGCUCGCUCCGCCCUGACAUCUCGAGCACCCGUCCACGAGCGACACACUCUGCAGCGCCAGCCCACCUGCUCCUCAGCGCCGCCACGCCCGUGCAGCGGCGCGCACCGCAGCCAUGGCUACCGCCAAGAUCGCCACGCUGCUGAUCCGCACCAUUGCCAAGCCCAUCGCGACGCAGAUCAAGGUGCAGGCACAGCACCAUGAGUCGUUCAAGAAUAUGUGCAUCGCCUUGGCGCAGCGGCAGCAUCGCAUCGAGAUGGCUCUGCGCAGCAACCUCAUGGGCGGCACGGCCGCGCACACAAAGGUGCGGCCGCUGAAUGAGAAGCGCGCUAUCGACAAUGGCGCGGCGGCUAUUUCCGAAGGCUUCCUCUUCGCCAUCGCGGCGGCGCUCAUCAUCGGCGAGAGCUACCGCGGCAGUCGGUCAAACAAGAAACAGCGCGAUCGCACAGAGGAUGCAGUGGAAGAGCUGCGAGAUGCAGUAGAGCUUCUUGGCGAGCGCAUGGGCGUCGCGCGCUCAGAGCUUUGGCGAGAAGGCACGCGGGAUGAGGAAGAGGAGGGGACGGACAAAGGAGAGCAGGCUGCUGCUGGAGAGGGGUCGAGCUCAGCGCAGCAGGACCACUUUGAGCCCGAGCCAUCAGAAGCGGCACCUCCACGGCCCGCGCAGCGGUCAUCACGCGCUUCGCGGGGCGAGCGCUCUAUCGCCGAGAUCGAGCACGACCGCGAACGCCUGCAGCAUGCCGUCGCGGUGCUGCUGCGCCUGGCGCUGCGGUCCGGCUGGGUCGAGGGACCUGAGGCUCUGCGGCUGGGCCAGAUUCUCGACGGCGACGAUGCGGCCGUCGCGGCUGGCUCGAAGCGCGUGUCUGUGCCCGUGGUCACGCCGCCACGGCCUCCAAGCCCCACAGCUGAGGCGGAGAAGACGCCAGCCGAGGCGAAGGAGGAGCCGCGGACACGCGCUAGCAUCAUGGACGAGGUGGCCCGCGCACGUGCAAAGGCCAUCGUCGACGAAGUGCGGCGAGCGCAGGGAUCAGAAGCGGGGACGCCGGCCGGGCCAUCACUGGCGCAGCUGCUCGAGCGCGCGGGUCUCGACCGCGAAGAGGCACAGCACGUCGAGCGGCCACCCACGAGCUAGAGGCCGACUCGCCUUGCUCUGUACACCUCACCCACCACUUAAUCAGCACCUGCCACCCUGCUGCGUAUCGAUGCAUUAAGCGAACCCAGCGGGUCCGCCGAAAGAGGAGAGUGGCUCAGGUCUACACACGUUUCAUGGCUCUGCCGUCGCUUCAUGCGCAUGCCUCGAUG